AUGGGCUCAACAGAGAAGAAGCGUUCUCGUCUACUUUGCAUAAAUGCAUUUGUAAUGCAAUCGCCGAGCCACUUGAAUCCAGGACUCUUCCGCUAUCCCUCAGACAAAGGCGCAGAUUAUCGGAACAUCAAGCAUUGGAUGGCCCUAGCCCAAAAGCUUGAGAAAGCCAAAUUCCACGCCAUCUUCUUCGCCGAUGUCUUAGGCGGCUACGAUGUAUACCGAGGCCCUGCAAAUCUGGAGCCAACUAUUCCUGCUGGUGCCCAGUUUCCCAUCAAUGACCCACUCUACAGCAUUCCCGCCAUGGCAGCUGUGACAGAGAGCAUCGGUUUCGGAGUAACGGCAUCAACGACGUAUGACGCACCAUAUGCACUUGCACGCCGCUUCUCAACAGUCGAUCAUUUGAGCAAUGGUCGAGUCGGCUGGAACAUUGUUACAUCAUACCUAGAUUCAGCGGCGAGAAACUUCGGUCUCGAUACUCAGGUCGAGCAUGACGAGCGUUACCGCAUUGCAGAUGAAUAUCUGGAUGUCACUUACAAGCUUUGGGAAGCGUCCUGGAGAGAUGAUGCGGUGGAGUGGAAUCAGAAGGAUGCAACACCAGAGGGACCCGUAGACGGCCAGCGAUAUGCGGACCCCAGCGGUGUUCGACAGAUCAAUCACAAGGGAAAUUACUUCGAAGUUCCCGGUCCUCAUCUUUGUGAGCCAAGUCCCCAGCGCACGCCGUUUUUGUUGCAGGCUGGAACUUCAGCUGCUGGGAAGGCCUUUGCGGCAAAACAUGCCGAAGCUGUGUUUCUUCAUGCACAGAAGCCAGAACUCGUGCGCCCCUCCGUUGACAGUAUUCGGCAACAAGCUGCUGAUCUGGGACGGGACCCAAGAGACAUCAAAGUCAUCGCUGGGGCUCUUGUCAUUGUUGCCGACACAGAUGAGGCGGCACAGGCCAACUUUGAUGAUUACAAGAGAUACGGAGAUACUGAAGGUGCUUUGGCCUUGUUUGGUGGUUGGACGGGCUAUGACCUCUCGACAUAUACUGAUGAUCAGGACUUCCGAUUCGUGGAGCAGCCGGCAGUGCGAAGCAUGGUGAAUCACUGGGCGAGCACGGUGCCUGGAACAGAGGGUAAGAAGUGGGAUAAGAAGACCAUUGCGGAGUACCUCGUUUUAGGUGGCAAUGGAGUCAAGAUUAUUGGUAGUGUGAAGACUGUGGCUGAUGAGCUCGAGCGGUGGGUUGACAUUGGAGAUGUCGAUGGCUUCAAUCUGAGUUACGCCAGCCUUGAUGGCACAUUUGAUGAUAUUAUAAACCUUCUGCUUCCUGAGCUGCAACGGCGUGGUCUUUUCUGGUCAGAUUAUGCUGUGAAGGGUGGGACAUUCCGAGAGAACAUGUAUGGGAAGAAGGGUCAAUCAAGACUCCCUGAUACCCAUCAUGGAGCGAAGUUCUUUUGGAAGGAGGGUGAGGAGGUACCUCCCUACUCAUUAGACGAGACCCGAUAA